AUGUAUGACCUUAAUGCAAGUACAGAGACAGUUCUUGGUGACCAUAAAGGAGCCAUUCGUUGUGUUGAGUUUUCUAAUGAGGUUAAUGCUGUGUUAACGGGUAGCUGGGAUGGCACUGUGAAGAUGUGGGACAGUCGAGUUCCCAAUUGUGUGGGUACAUACAACCAAGGAAAUGAAAGGGUAUAUACAAUGAGCAUAGUAGGUGAGAAAUUUGUUGUGGGCACAUCUGGACGUAAGAUAUUUGUAUGGGAUGUUCGUAAUAUGGGUCAUGUUAAUCAAAGACGAGAGUCAUCACUAAAGUACCAAACUCGGUGCAUAAGAGUGUUCCCUAACAAGCAGGGCUAUGUUCUCAGCUCAAUUGAAGGGAGAGUAGCUGUGGAAUAUCUGGACAGUAAUCCAGAGGUACAGAAGAAGAAGUAUGCUUUCAAAUGUCAUAGAAUUAAAGAUGGUGGUUUAGAAAAGAUUUACCCUGUCAAUGCUAUCAGCUUUCAUUCAGUGUAUAACACCUUUGCAACAGGUGGGUCUGAUGGAUAUGUUAACAUAUGGGAUGGUUUCAACAAAAAGCGUCUCUGUCAGUUCCACAGAUACAACACUGCAGUGUCAUCUCUUAGCUUCUCCCAUGACGGAUCGGCACUGGCCAUUGCUUGCUCUCAGCUUGAUGAGUCCCAAUUAGAGGACCCAAGCCUGAAGACAUCAUUUACAUCAGAUAUG